UUGCGCCAUGUCUGAACUCGUGGAAAACCAGGCACCUUCCAGUGAGGGAGUGUCUGCCGUCAAGGGUAUCCGUAAAAAUGGAAAACAGUGGCACGAUACCAAGAAAGCGUUCCGACCCCGGUCGAACCAGACCUCGUUCGCGAAGCGCACCGAGGAGCGCAAAGCUCUUGCUGCUGUGAAGGCAAAGGAGAAGGAAAUGAAGGAUGAGAAGGAAGCCGAGCGACAGCGACGAAUUGAAGCACUGCGCACGAAGAGAGCUGCAAAGGCCGAGCGAGAACGAUACCAGAAGAUGGAGGAGAAGAUGCACAAGAAGCGCGUGGAGCGCCUGAAGAGGAGGGAGAAGCGCAACAAGCUGCUCAGUUCGUAGAUUGGCGCAUGUUGCAGACGUUGAGUUUUUGAAUAUUUUGGCAUCGAUUACGACCGUUCCAAGACGAGGAAUUCCAACAUUACUAGGGAUAUGAUACUUCCCUACACGACGACCUGUGGAAUUGCUUUCGAAAGCAUGUAUGCACAUUCUUCGACCGCGAGAGAUCUAUCGAGCGUGGAGUAGAUACUGUCGACCAUGUGCCGACCGUGUCGCGGAACGUUGUAUGAAAAGCAAGAACCAUGCGGUCACUUUCAAAACGGUCCCAAAUCAAAAGUUAGAAUUGGCAUUAUCAGGAUGCGUCUAGAGAUUAGGAGCAUUGCCAGGAGUAUGAGCAAACAUAUUAGAUACCAGCUACGAGCACACUCAAUGAAUCAGAACAAACAAUAUCAUCACCAACAGCCAUGCAAAUCAGACUCUCAAAGUCGAAGUCGCACGCUUCCCUGCACAUACCUAAUUUUGAACUCAUAGACACACUCUGAGUUA